AUGGAGGAUGGGAAUUUAUCAACAUUCAACGUUAGUGACGUAAUCAAAGAACAUAUAUGGACGGUGCCAGAUACGGCCUAUAUCAUCACAAUUGUGUACUUAUCUUUAAAUAUUGUUAUUGGCGCGUCGUGUAACUGUCUUCUGAUACUUAUAAUCAACUAUUCACCAACACUAAAAACGCCAGCAAACAGCCAUUUGAUAAACAUUUGUGCCAACAAUCUCAUUCUGUGCCUAUCAAUGAUGCUGUCGCUCGUAUCAAUAGUGUUACCAUCUGGUUACAAGAAAAAUAUCAAUAUUCUGACGGGGUUUCAUAUUUUUCUGACUUCAAACUGUUUUCUUCAAUACUGGUGCACUUUCGCGUCCAUAGGCUACUACAGAUCGAAUAUUGUUUACAGCCCGUCCAUGGUUGUCAAACGUCGACGUCAGAUAAUCACGCGCUGUCUUGCUACGUCAUGGGCGACGUCAGUUCUAGUCAGCCUCAUGAUCUGCCUGUCACAUAUAGAAAACGACGUGUACGCAUGCUUGACAUUCAACCCGUUUCAAAGGACGUUUAUCUUAUGUGGUAAAAACAAGGAACUAUCAGCACAAAGACUUGGCAUUAUUGUCAUAAGUAUAAUCGUAUUCUGUGUAAUAUUCUGUAUAAUAGUUAUGUCUUAUCGCAAAGUUUUCAAAGCUCUGAACAAAGGCAACCCAUUCGGAAGAAACAGGGUCCUUCCAAUAAUGUCAAGGUCAUUUAGCCUGCCGUCUGAAGGUGGCGAAAACGCCUCGAACCAGGCGCAAAAUGGAGGUGCCAUAUUUGAAAACGGAACGGAUAAAGCAGUUUACACGGUGACGAGAAAUGGAGCAAAUACAAACACAGAAUUUGUGGUACAUUACCAAAGGAAUGAUAGUAUCAAUAUGUUAACGUUUGAAGACAUAAUGGCGUUAGAAAACCCUAUAUUAGCCACACAAAUGCGGAGGCAAAUUUUGCAAAAGAGGCAUCUUCAUUUAACGCGGAGCAACGCCAGUAACACUUCGGUGAAGUCAAAAUGUCCUGAUUUUAGUGAUAUUUCAGCGAGCGCUGAUCUAGAACGAUAUCAAAAUAUAAAAAAUAGAUCUGCUUUAAGGAACCAUUUCAUGAGAAGAGAUCGAGCAGGCUUUAACAGUGCGACAAGAAACAGCUUGAUCAUGCUCGCUUCAUUUCUUGUAUGCUCAUUGCCCAUGUUUAUCUGCGCCAUUCCGAAUGUUCUUUCCCUGGAGAAAGAGAAUCACCGAGUGCUUAUUUUAAUGUUCACAAAGCUCGUGUUUUGCUUGAACUCCCCGAUCUAUCCCCUGUGGUACUUGGUUCAAAACAAGCGAGUCCGGAAAUGUUUGCAAAGAGUGACUGAAACAAUCUGCGUUAAGUUGGACUUCAGGAGAUGA